ACCCGAUCUGCCCAUGGUGAAUAUGUCCUUACAAUAGCGAGAAGCUGUCGCGUCGCGUGCCUGGUUUGCAGCAGGAGCCCUUAGCCAUGGCCAUCAACACCCUAUACAAGCAGCAGGCUGCGAUGCAGCACCAGAGAAACGUUAUCCGGCCAUCAGGGCUGCGCGUGGGAAGACGAUGCACGGUGGUGGUUCGCGCGGGCGUUGUGGAAACGCUCGUUAAGCCCUUCACGACUCUUGGCAAGGUAAGCGACCUCAAGGCAGGAAUCGCCGCUUUCUACGAUGAGUCUUCUGAGCUGUGGGAGAACAUGUGGGGAGAGCACAUGCACCACGGUUACUACCCCCGGGGUGCGCCCCCAAAGUCCAACCAGCAAGCGCAGCAGGACAUGAUUGAAGAGACGCUGAAGGUAGCAGGCGUCACGCAAGUACGCAACAUGGUCGAUGUGGGCUGCGGCAUUGGCGGCAGCUCGCGCUACCUGUCGCGCAAGUUCGGCUGCCGCGCGACCGGCAUCACUCUGAGCCCAAAGCAGGCUGCCCGCGCGAAUGCCAUCAGCCGAGCCCAGGGUUUCGAAGACAAGCUCGAUUUCCGAGUGGCCGAUGCAUUGUCGCAGCCGUUUGAUUCGGGCGCCUUCGACCUUGUGUGGUCCAUGGAGAGUGGCGAGCACAUGCCGGAUAAGCGCCAGUUUGUCUCCGAGCUGAGCCGCGUGUGCGCCCCCGGAGGCCGCAUCAUAGUGGCCACCUGGUGUCACCGCGUGCUGGCCCCCGGGGAGACAGCGCUGCGGCCGGAUGAGGCGGCACUGCUGGACCGCAUCUGCGAGGCCUACUACCUGCCCGCCUGGUGCUCCGUGCAGGACUACAAGACACUAUUCGAGGAGAACGGACUCGUGGACAUUCAGACACGUGAUUGGUCGGAGGAGGUAUCGCCAUUCUGGGGUGCCGUGAUCGCCACAGCGCUGACGGGCGAGGGGCUGGCAGGACUUGCGCGCGCUGGUUGGACGACUAUCAAGGGCGCUCUGGUCAUGCCGUUGAUGGCGGAGGGGUUUCGCAGGGGGCUGAUCAAGUUUAAUGUGAUCACAGCGCGGAAGCCUGCUGUGUAAGUGAGCAACAAAAAAGGAACGAAAGAUUUCAGUGAGGUAUGAAUUUUAAGCUGCGGCUGGUAUUAUUUUGCACAGUCAGGGAUACAAGCAUGUUCGUCAGCAUUCUCGAAGUGUUCUCUCUUGCGAUCCCGAUUGCAGCAUUCCCUUUGAUUCAAGCAGCUGUUCUAGCUGCCUUUUGGCUAGAUUGGCAUAAUUCCGCCGCCGCUGCUUAUUAGGAAUACAUGAUGGGUGUUGGCUACGGGGCGGCUAAACAACAACACAUCGUACGGCAUUGCU